CUUUAAGAUGAAGUUUACAGCUGAUUAGACAAACCACAUCACCCACGCAGGAAGGGUUCCUAUAAAGCCGAGUGCUGUCAAAUCCUCUUUGACAGACAUCCCAUCAUGAACAUGCUUAUCGUGCCAGCGCUGGUCCUGCUCUCUGGUUCACUCUGUGGUGCCUCAGUGGUGGAUCCUGUUCCCACCUUUGACCACCGAGACCCGGUAACCGGAGAAAUCCUCAAAUGUCGCAAGUGUCCACCGGGCACGUUCAUGUCUGCUCAUUGCACUGCCACCACACCCACACAGUGUCAGCCGUGCAAAAAUGGCCACUUCACCGAUCUGUGGAACUACCUGCCCAGGUGUCUGUACUGCAGUAACCUUUGCACAGGUAACCUGGAGGUGGAAACAGAGUGCUCCCCGACAACCAACAGGAUCUGUCGGUGCAAAGAAGGCUUUUACUCGGCUGAUGACUUCUGUAUCAGGCACACAGAGUGUGGCCCCGGAUACGGGGUUCAAACUAAAGGUACAGUAUUCAUUUAUUAAAUAUGAACUACUAAACCAUCCAUCCAUCUUCUUCUGUUUAUCCAAAACAUCAGUAUGUCUAACUCACUUUACACUUCCAAUGAAUGUAG